CGGAAGUGAUGGUUGAUGCAGCCGGAGCGGAAGCUGCGCUCUACACCCGGAAGUUGUAGUGAGCAAGAUCCUGCGGAGAGCUUCCUGGAGCUGCCACGUCUGAGACUAGGGGAGAAAGUGAUUCUGUAGCUAAGGAACCUCACAAGACCUAGGAAAAUGGUGUCGGUGAUAAACACAGUGGACACUUCCCAUGAGGAUAUGAUUCAUGAUGCCCAGAUGGAUUAUUAUGGCAUACGUCUUGCAACUUGUUCCUCUGAUCGAUCUGUGAAGAUCUUUGAUGUGAAGAAUGGAGGCCAGAUCCUGAUAGCCGACCUGCGCGGGCAUGAGGGUCCAGUUUGGCAGGUUGCGUGGGCCCAUCCUAUGUAUGGAAACAUCUUGGCCUCCUGCUCCUAUGACCGGAAAGUUAUCAUUUGGAAAGAGGAAAAUGGGACUUGGGAGAAGACGUAUGAAUACACAGGGCAUGACUCUUCAGUCAAUUCUGUUUGCUGGGCUCCCCAUGACUUUGGGCUGCUGCUGGCAUGUGGCAGUUCGGAUGGAGCAAUCUCAAUUCUCACCUAUACCGGAGACGGGCCCUGGGAAGUGAAAAAGAUCAGCAAUGCACAUACAAUUGGUUGUAAUGCAGUGAGCUGGGCUCCUUCUGUUGUCCCCGGAAGUCUUGUAGAUCAGCCAUCAAGUCAGAAGCCCAAUUACAUCAAGAGAUUUGUGUCUGGCGGAUGUGAUAACUUAGUGAAAAUCUGGAGGGAGGAAGAUGGACAGUGGAAGGAAGAUCAGAAGCUGGAAGCUCAUAGCGAUUGGGUGCGGGAUGUGGCCUGGGCUCCCUCCAUUGGUUUGCCGACUAGCACCAUCGCUAGCUGCUCUCAGGAUGGUCGUGUAUAUAUCUGGACAAGUGAUGAUGCUGCCACCAACUGUUGGACUCCAAAACUGCUGCACAAGUUUAAUGACGUAGUCUGGCACGUGAGCUGGUCCAUUACUGCUAAUAUCCUGGCUGUGUCUGGGGGAGAUAACAAGGUGACCUUAUGGAAGGAGUCCGUGGAUGGACAGUGGGCCUGUAUUAGUGAUGUAAACAAGGGACAAGGUUCUGUCUCCACCGUGACAGAUGGACAGUUGAAUGAGCAGUGAUCAUAAAAAUGUGUCCAUUUGAGUUUUGUAACAACUCCAGUCUUUUGAGUUACUUUGGCAUCCAAAGGGUUCAUUCUACCUGGACAAUUUGCACAACCCCCUCAUGUGCCACAGAGGACUGUACUUCGUCAGCAAAUGGGAAUAAUUGUAAUUUGUAUUCUUUGGGAUUUCCUGGUCUCGGCAACUUAAAUUAUCAGCAAAGUGUAUUUUUCCAGUGACCAACUUCAGUGAAUCUAAGCUAGCUUCUAUAACACUAGUACCUAUGUUAAAGGAAAACUAUACCCCCCAAACAAUGUAGGUCUCUAUAAAAAGAUAUUGCAUAAAACAUCUCAUAUGUAAAACCCUGAUUCAUGUAAAUAAACCA